UGAGCGCGAAAAAGAGGAAAUCGGCGUCUGUAGAGUCAGGGGAAAAGCCUCCAUGGCCGAUGGAUGUCGUGGUCGGGGUGACUUUUCUCUUCCUGGGUGGUCUGGGUAUCACGCGGUGGCUAAAUAUUUUAGAUCCGGGAGGAAUUUCCUUAAUAGGAGAUGCCAUUCACAUGACAGGAGCCAUUUUCCUUAGUGUCACCCUCAUCCAGAAGGACACAUGUGCUGGGCUUUCACUCAAAUCACUGCAUCUAACAGCUUUACAUCUGGUGGUUAAAGUGUCUUAUGGUGGACUCGUGAAAUCCGAAUUACGCCCGCUUGAUAUAAAUUCAAUUUUGGGAACACUUGUGGCCAUCUAUAUGGUUGGUUUUAAAUAUAAGUCUAGUUAUGUGGACAAACAGCACAACUUCAAAUUGUUAUACCUGCUGGUACCUUGUGCUUUGCUAUCAUUAGUAAUUCAUCCCAUGGCCCAGGAAAAUAGUUGGAGUGGGAUUACCGUGGCCUUCUGUUGUUAUCUUAAUUCUAUUUCGAUGCUACCUCAGCUGCAGGUCAUGCGGAAGAGAGAAAGUGUUGAUCCAAUUUCUGCACAAUAUAUAUGUUGGCUAGGGUAUUCGAGAUUAGUAUAUGUUGAAAAUUGGAUUAUCGAGAUAUUGCUUACUCGAGGACAAUCGGUGACUUUUUUGGGUUAUGAUUUUGUGAGUUAUGAUAAUAUAUGGUGGACUAUUAUGGGUGUCCUCUCCGAAAUUGUAAAUGGUUUCAUUCUUGCAGAUUUUUGCUACUACUACUUUACCAGCCAUUUUGAUGUAGAUCGUGAAGACAUGCAUCUCCCAUCGGGAGUGGUGUGAGCUUGGGAUGCUUCCAAAAGUUUUUAUUUUGUACGUAUCAAGUUAACUAAGUAAUGUCAUUUAAUUUAGAGUACAAUCGAUUGCAGGGGAUCUCGAUCUCGAUCUCAUA